AUGAUUAGAGCAAAUGAAAAAAUUAAACAUUUGUUGGAGAUUAACAACUUCACCCAAUCCAGCCUUUGGCAGGAUAAUGGGAAGAAACAACCAAUCAAAAUGUUAACCUCACUUGUAAACUCCCUCCAAAAAUCAGCACUUGAAAACAACUUAUCAAAAUCCUUCAACAUUUUCUCACUUUUAAUACAACAAAAACCCCAAGUUAAUUACUUAUUACAAUCAUUAGCUUCACUUUUAUCAUGUUGUUCACAUCUCAAAUCAAUCCCACAAGCCAAACAACUUCAUAGUUUCUUAAUUAUUUCCGGGCUCGAAAAAUCCCCUGUUUUAGUCCCUAAAUUAGUCACAUUUUACUCUGUUUCAAAUCUUUUAAAAGAUGCUUACUUUGUUACUUUAUAUUCAAAUAUUUUACACCCUUUAUCUUGGAAUGUUGUUAUUUCUAGAUAUGUUAGAGCUGGGUUUUGUAAAGAGGGUUUAUCCGUGUAUCGAAAAAUGCUGAAACAGGGGAUUUGGCCCGAUUCUUUUACGUAUCCGUCUGUGCUUAAAGCGUGUGGUGAAGAAUGUGAUUUGGGGUUUGGAAAGGUGGUUCAUGGGUGGAUUGUGGUAUCGGGUCUGGGUUGGAAUUUGUUUGUGUAUAAUACUUUGGUAUUUAUGUAUGGGAAAUGCGGUGAGUUGGACGUUGCACGCAAGUUGUUCGAUGAAAUGCCUGAACGAGAUGGGGUUUCUUGGAAUUCAAUUAUAUCGGGGUAUGCAAGUAAAGUGAUGUGGAGGGAAGCAUUUAAGCUUUUUGAUCGUAUGCGAAAUGAAAAUGUAGAAGUGAAUGCUAUCAUUUGGAAUACGGUCCUUGGAGGGUACUUGAAGACAGGUGAGUAUAGGCGAGUGCUAAAGUUGGUUUCAGAAUUGAGGACUUCUAGUGAUGAAUGGGAUCACGUGGCUGUAAUAAACGGUUUAAAUGCAUGUUCCCAUAUUGGAGUGUUGAAAUUUGGUAAAGAAAUUCAUGGUUUAGCUAUAAGGACUAAUUGUCAUGCGUAUGAUAAUGUAAAAUCCUCGUUGAUCACCAUGUAUUUAAGGUGUAAGGAUGUUAAAUAUGCUCAGAUUGUAUUCCAUUUGGUUGAAAAUAAGAGUGUCAUUACUUGGAACUCAAUAAUAUCAGGUUUUGCACACUUGAACAACUCCGAAGAAGCCACAUUCCUAUUUCGGGAAAUGCUGAUUUCUAAAGUUGAGCCCAGUUAUGUGACAAUUGCAAGCAUACUUCCUUUAUGUGCACGAGUAGCAAAUCUACAACAUGGUAAAGAAUUUCACUGCUACGUUAUAAAACGUGAAGAUUUUAAAGAUUACUUAUUACUGUUUAAUUCUCUCAUUGACAUGUAUGCAAGAUCAGGGAAAAUCUUGCACGCUAGAAAACUUUUUGAUACUUUAGCCAAAAAGGAUGAAGUGACAUACACUUCACUUAUAGCUGGUUAUGGGAUUCAAGGGGAGGGGCAAAUGGCUGUUGACUUAUUUGAAGAGAUGAUUGACUCAAACAUAAAGCCUGACCAUGUAACAAUGGUUGCGGUUUUGUCAGCUUGUAGUCAUUCCGCUCUUGUUGACCAAGGUCAAACUUUAUUUGACAAGAUGUCUUCGGUGUAUUGUAUAGCUCCUCGCUUAGAGCAUUACGCUUGUAUGGUUGAUCUUUAUGGUAGAGCUGGCUUUUUGGGUAAGGCGGAAAGAAUAAUCAGAGCAAUGCCUUAUCACCCGACACCUGCAAUGUGGGCUACUAUCAUUGGAGGAUGUAGGAUUCAUGGAAACAAGGAGUUAGGGGAAUUUGCAGCUGAGAAAAUGUUGGAAUUGAGGCCUAGAUAUUCAGGAUAUUACGUACUGGUAGCAAAUAUGUAUGCUGAUUAUGGGUGUUGGGAAAAACUAGCUGAAGUUAGGAUUUUGAUGAGGGGAAUGGGUGUGAAUAAGGUUCCGGGCUGUGCGUGGUUAGAUGUAGGGGCUGGAUUUAUGGAGUUUUUGGUGGCUGACACUAAGAACGCCAAUGAGAUUGAGAUAUAUGGUUUGUUGGAUGGAUUGAGUAAACAAUUGACAGAAGCUGGUUACAUCAUGUCUGACGAUAAAGAUGAAGUGAUGGAGGCGUAGAAUGAUGAGCUUGAAAAUGAGGGAGAUGACAUGAUAAAUGUUGGGUUGAGCAGACUCGUGAAAGCAUCAGAUAGUAAUUUAUAUGUCAAAGCACAUUAUUUAACUUGUUGCUCCUUCAGUUUUAACCAAUGGAUGCAAACUAGAGAAAUAUAGGUCUUGCUGAUAUUGUUGGGGAUAGAUUGGCAGAAUUUGACAGUAACUACGAAUUUUUCUACUACUCGUUUUGGAAGUAGAGGAAACAAGUAAAGUACUCCAUGCAGUUCAAGUGCUAAUUUUUAUACAUUUGCUAGCUUUUGUUGUGAUUAAACCAACUUUCCUAGGACAGGAAUGGUAGAUUCGCAUUGUCCAUAUGAUUUGUAAUUAAUAAAGUGUCCUUCUUAGAAGAGAAAAAGAAAAAGGUUUGUACCCAUUAAAUAUACACUUUGGGUAACUUUCUAUC